AUGACGGCACAGCUCGAGGAAUGCUACUUGACAUUAGAAGAUCAGUACGAGGAAGCUGGUCUACAGCGAGUAUACGGAGACAUCGAAGAUUCCGAUGAAAAAUUAUUAUCGGUAUACAUGUAUGAGGAACGAGAAUUGAUAAAAGAAGAAGGGGUCCAACGAAAAGCCGCCUUUCAAAUCGAAAGUCCACCGGAAGAAGAUGUACUCAAUCUUCAGCUCAAGGAGCAACUCGAAAAAACUGUUAAUCAACUCAAGGUAGCAGUGGAUCAUAUAAAAAACGAGCUGAAAAGAGCAAGAUCUGCACUUUCCAGUGAAAAUACUAUAUUAGAAGAAUGCAAGACAAUCAAGACUGGUUUCGCAAAAAAGCUUGCAGAAGCGCAAGAGUCUGGAAAUUCUCAGCGUUUACCAAAUAAAUUCACCGAGAAGUCUAGAAGACUAAGAGCAGAGAUACGAUAUACUUCUGGUGAGCUUAUCAAGUUUGCAGACACAUAUUUCCCGUCUCAUGCAGUCGAUGGAGAAGAAGGCAAUGAAGAUGCAGCCCAAUGUGAACUCAAGUACAUCAUCGAGGAUCUGAUGAACAAAGGAAGUAAUACUGCCGACCUCGACCCUUUUAUUGAACUGCAACCAGGCGAAUACUGGACUCCAUACAUUGAGACCUUGGUCAAGGCAGGAAUUGCUGUAUAUCAUCCCCAGGAUGCCAGGAAGAUAUGCCUGGCGGAUUUCCGCCUCUAG